AUGAAUCUGCCCAUAGAGGUCGGCUGUUUCUCUUUGGACUCGGAACGAAGGUUUUUUAAUGACAGGAGACAGCUGAGAUAUUAUGCAGAACCAGCCUUGAAUCCCAGCUUUGAUCUCAAAGAUGGAUUCAAAGACCGUUAUGUAAAAAGAGAUGAAAGUGUGAAAGAGAAGCUGGAUCAUAUCCUGAGGUGGAUUACUUCCAACAAAGCUAAAGUCACAACAAAAGAUUCGUCAAAACCCACUCUGGAUGUGGACUUUGUGAUGUGGCGGGGACAUCUGACCAAACUGCUCACUACUCCAUAUGAGAAUCGAGAAGGCUGGAUGUUCGCUGUGACCAGGUUUAGGGGAACAAUUUACAUCAGCGAAGUAGAGACUGAGGCGGCUCGCAGGGAUCGUGACAAUCGCACUGAGAGACACAGUGAAAUGAUGUACUGGGGAUACAAGUUUGAGCAGUACAUGUGUGCAGAUAAAAUUGAGAGUUCACCUGACCCCAGUGGAGUGGUUAACACUAAUGAAGCAUAUUGCACAGUGGUGCGAACUCGCCUCGCAACUCACAAACUCCUGUUCUCUGGUGAAGUGGACUGCCGCGUGAGAGAGCCCAAAGAUCCCCCGUCCUGCUACGUCGAGCUCAAAACAUCAGCUGAAAUCUGCACUCCAAAACAACGCAGCAACUUCCACAGGUUCAAGUUGUUAAAGUGGUGGGCGCAGUCAUUUAUGCCCGGUGUGCCUCAAGUUGUUGCAGGAUUUCGGGAUCAUGAUGGCAUCGUUGUUAAAGUGGAGACAUUCCAGAUUUCUAAAAUGUCACAACUGAUUAAGGGUGAGAAUAACUGCUGGAAACCUACAGUCUGUAUGAACUUUUGCAAUGACUUUCUGACAUUUGUCAAAGAUGUGGUCUCUGAGGACGAUCCAAGUGUUGUCUACUUGUUCUCCUGGGAGCCGCGCAGAGAUGUUGGUUUCACUAUUCAUAGAGACUCGCAGUAUGGCUUCCUACCAGAGUGGUACAUAAAUGAGAUCACCAGGACAGACACAUAG